CUGUGGCACCAUUGUUGCCAUUACUGUCACUGUUAUGGCCAUUGAUCUAUCAAGAAUUUCUCUCCGUCCCUUUAAGCUAACAGACGUGGAUGAUUUCAUGUUAUGGGCAGGUGAUGAUCAAGUUACACGGUUCCUCCGAUGGAAGACUUUUACAUCUAAGGAGGAGGCUUUGACUUUCAUCAAUGAUGUUUGCAUACCCCAUCCAUGGCGUCGAUCCAUAUGCAUCGAUGACCGUUCGAUCGGCUUCAUCUCCAUUUUCCCAGGAUCGGGUGAUGACAGGUGUAGGGCUGAUAUGGGGUAUGGUAUAGCCACAAAGUACUGGGGCCAGGGAAUAACUACCAAGGCAGUGAAGACUGCUCUCUCACAAGUGUUCAAGGACUUGCCUAAUUUGGUAAGGUUGCAAUCUUUUGUUGUUGUAGAGAAUAUAGCAUCUCAAAGGGUCCUAGAAAAAGCUGGGUUCCUCAAGGAGGGUAUGCUGAGGAAGUAUACCUAUCUUAAGGGGAAUUUAGAGGACUUGUUUGUCUCCAGCUUUUUAGCCACAAACUCCUUCCCAGUUGUUGACCCUUAGAUUGUUGUGGAAGAAGUAUUGCUAUUGGUAUGAUGAUAUUAAUUAAGUGGAAAAUUCUACCCUGCAGUCAUUACAAUGACUUCUACAAAAUUUGGAAAGUAAUGCAUGUAGCACUCAACCUAUAAGGUUGCACUAUUCAAAUUUUAAUGGUUUGUAGGUCAAUAGAAUA